CGAAGGAAAUUCACACCCGCUUGUUCGCGGAGCUUCCUUCUCUACACCGGCUUAGAAGCUGUGAUAUUCUGUGUGAUUUCACUAAAGUGUCCUGAUUCUUUACACCUCUUAUAAUGAAAUCCAGACGGCGCUCUUUAGGAAAAUCUCCACAGACUCCUGCUGCUACUGGCUCAGAGCAACAGGACCAGAGACGGGCUCCACAGCAGCAACAACGUGACGAAAUGUACCACUGCUCAGAUUGUGGGAAGAGUUUUACUGAAAGUCAUCAUCUCAAAGAUCAUGAGCGCAUUCACACAGGAGAGAAGCCAUAUGACUGCUCCAAGUGUGGGAAGAGUUUUACUAUUCAGAGUCAUCUCCAACGACACCAGUGUAUCCAUACUGGGGAGAAGCCGUAUCACUGUGGACAGUGUGAGAAGAGUUUUACUUGCCAGAGUAAUCUCCAACGACAUGAGCGCAUUCACACAGGAGAAAAGCCGUAUCACUGUGGACAGUGUGGGAAGAGUUUUACCCAACUAUGUGAUCUCCAACGACACCAGCGUAUCCACACAGGGGAGAAGCCGUAUCACUGUGGACAGUGUGGGAAGAGCUUUACUCGUCAGAGUCAUCUCCAACAGCAUGAGCGCAUUCACACAGGAGAGAAACCGUACUACUGUGGACAGUGUGAGAAGAGUUUUACCCAGCUAUGUGAUCUCCAACGACACCAGCGUAUCCACACAGGGGAGAAGCCAUAUCACUGUGGACAGUGUGGGAAGAGUUUUACUAGACAGAGUGCUCUCCAACGACAUGAGCAUAUUCACACCGGACAGAAGCCGUAUUACUGUGGACAGUGUGAGAAGAGUUUUACUUGCCAGAGUGCUCUCCAACGACAUGAGCUCAUUCACACAGGAGAGAAGCCGUAUCACUGUGGACAGUGUGAGAAGAGUUUUACCCAGCUAUGUGAUCUCCAACGACACCAGCGUAUCCACACAGGGGAGAAGCCGUAUCACUGUGGACAGUGUGGGAAGAGUUUUAUUUGUCAGAGUCAUCGCCAACAGCAUGAACGCACUCAUACAGGAGAGAAGCCGUACUACUGUGGACAGUGUGGGAAGAGUUUUACCCAACUAUGUACUCUCCAACAGCAUGAGCGCAUUCACACAGGAGAGAAGCCAUAUUACUGUGAACAGUGUGGGAAGAGUUUUACUGGUCAGAGUACUCUCCAACGACACCAGCGUAUCCACACAGGAGAGAAGCCGUAUCAUUGUGGACAGUGUGGGAAGAGUUUUACUCAUCAGAGUAAUCUCCAACGACAUGAGCGCAUUCACACAGGAGAGAAGCUGUAUCACUGUGGACAGUGUGAGAAGAGUUUUACUUGCCAGCAUAAUCUCCAACAGCAUGAGCGCAUUCACACAGGACAGAAGCCGUAUUACUGUGGCCAGUGUGAAAAGAGUUUUGCUUGCCAGAGUACUCUCCAACAACAUGAGCGUAUUCACACAGGACAGAAGCCGUAUCAUUGUGGACAGUGUGGGAAGAGUUUUACUCGUCAGAGUCAUCUCAAACGACAUGAGCGCAUUCACACAGGAGAGAAACCGUAUCACUGUUCGCAGUGUGGGAAGAGUUUUCGUGACCAGAGGGCCCUCCACGGCCACCAGCAGAGUCAUACAGGACAGAAUCCAUACCUCUGCAGACAUUGUGGGCGGAGAUAUACUAAUUCAAGUUCAUUAAUGACACACAAGUGCUCAAACAUAAAGCCAUCAGAUUUAGCCAUGUGAAUUUGUCAAAUUAAGAUAUAUAUUUAAAUUUUUUAAAGUGAGGUAGAGAGACAUUCAGGCAUAAAACUAUAAUAUUAUUUUAUUUGUCAUUGACUCUACUAUUCUGUUGCAUGGGAUUUUAUUGCUUACUCUCUGGGUUUUAGCAAAAUUCAUGAUUUUAUUUCGUUUUCCUGUUUUUCCCCCAAACACUUCAAUAGCAAGCUUGGAAUACACAUAUUUAACCAGUGGGAAUGCCCACUUUAAUUGACCAAUCCAGACCUCUGAGUCAGACACAUGACUUUGACCUCUCCCUCUAACACAACACUUUUCAUUUUAAAUGAUUUUUAAAUGCGAGCUAGAAUUUGCUAUAUAAAAUGUCGCAUUGUGGAUUCUAUCGAACUGAACACCUUUCAAAGCCAACAGAAGAUGGUUUUGUUUACAGACAAUUUGAAGAGAUAAUUCUUGUCCAACUUGCUCUGUCUUUGAAGCAUCCAUUUAACUAUAGCUAACUACACUGUAUGGCCUGUCCACCACACCCAUAUAUGCCUUUUGAACAUCCUCUGAUGGAACGGCAUCCAGUCCAUGGUCCCUUGAGCCCAGUGUUCCUGAUGUAGUUUUCAGCUUUACUGCAACCCUGACCAGGAUAACACAGUUACACAGUAAGAUCAGUGAAUGGAUUUUUGUUGUAUAUAUGUUCCUUUAAGAAGUAAGAAAAUGCUUGUAUGACUAUUAAGAGAGUACAUUACCAGGGGUCUGGGUUUUAUGACCCCUUCACUUUAGUAAAUCACAUGUUUAAUAAUCCACCAAUUUUAUACUUUCCUUAUUAAUCAACUAAAAUUCUCCAUAAUGCAAAUCAUAAAUGGGUUUUCUCAUAGUUGUGUAAUUUCCUAUUGAAAAUGUGAAAUGCUACAUUCAUAAAUCUUCAGAUGCUUUGCUUUGACACUCACGGAUUAGCUCAUGUAUAUUAAUCAUCCUUCAUGUUUCUCCAACUUGAAUAAAGUUUACAUGUGGGAUAUUUUAUGAGUUUAAUAUUUGAAUUACAUUACUAACAGUUAUUUCAUCAAU